AAUGAGCCGCGGCGGUGACUGUGAUAAGUGAUCGCGUACCCUUCCUCGUCGCUAAACGCGUAGUGGCAGUGGAGAAAGAUAGUACGUCGGCCAAGGAAAGAGUCUACCUCUUGAUGACUCGCGCUUUACGUAGGGCGCAACGUAGCCGGAGCUCACAAUUAUGUUCGAUGUACCGCCCAAGUUUUACGAGCUGUGUCGCCUUUGUUUAUCGUCGGACGGUGUCAAAUUGUCCAUAUUCAAGGAGGAGGGCGCCCAGCGGAACUUCGCCGACAAGAUACUGACGUGCCUCUCGAUUACGGUAAAAGAUGGGGAUUCUUUGCCACCAAUUAUUUGUCACCGAUGCGUGUACAAAUUGGAUGUACUGCACAAUUUUCGUGAAGUGUCACACAAAUCUGAUGUCAUACUCAAACAGUACCUGGAUUAUGCCAAGCAGUUAUCAUCACACGAUGAUCAGAAGUCUUUCUCCACUGCCAAAGUAGCAGGUUUAAGCCCACUACAGUCAUUUCUCCAAUUGAACAAAACAUUGUUCAAUGAGGAGCCUAACUCUCCGGCCAGCAUUAAUCAAAACAUUAUACCUCAGACGCAAACGCAUCAUUUGGAAUUACGCACCAAUGACAUGCCUGAGCAUGACAACGUUAAGUGUGAACCAGAGGAUGACACGUAUUCAAACAGUUCCGAUCCAGACAGAUUAGAAAUAGAAGAUCGGGAUGAGCAGGAUACAGAAGGGGAAGAAAAUGGUUAUGAUAUGACCAUUAACAAGAGAAUGAAAGUGGAAACAAAUUAUGAAGAAUCGAAACCAAGUACCCCUAAUCACAGUCCAGUGAAUAGAAUGGACACACCAGAGAGCAAUUGCUCAGAUACAAAUAUCGAUCAGGAAACAACAAAACUGUGGCAAGCAUUAGCAAACAACAGGAGUUUGGAGAUUACAAGGACAAAUGGUGACAAACUCAAUAAUGGAUUUACUGGGGAGGCAACUAAUCUUCUUCGUUCUUUAAUCAACAAUAGACAAAUUGGUAUUACUGCUGUCGAUUCUGACAAAGUAUCGCCACAAAUUAGGUUUUACAGGGACACUCAAGGGACAACAAUCGAACGUACCAUACCCGACUGUUCUAUUCUCGGCAAUCGUACUAAUGUCUCGUGUAUAGAAAAUAAGGGUACUUCCAUGGAUAGCAAUCCAUCUAGCCCCGCCAGUAUUGGACGAAAAGAAACCAAGGGUCGUAGAAAACAAAGUUAUCCCAGUAAAGCUCCUAUGAGUCCAGAUAUUGUUAAUUACCAACAUGAACCUAAUGAAGAACAAGCACAAGAUUUUACAGCAUGGACCAACAAAAUGAAAGUUAAGGUAGAGGAUCAAAAACAACAAUUUGAUCAACACAGUGGUAAUAUGGCAAAAAAGGUUGACAUGUCCUGCACAAAUUGCGGUACUAUGACCACAACUAUUUGGAGAAGAAAUAUGAAAGGGGAAAUGGUUUGUAACGCUUGUGGACUUUAUUACAAACUGCAUGGAGUAAAUCGUCCAGUUACCAUGCGAAGGGAUACGAUACACACGCGUAGACGUAGACCGAAAGGCGAAAAACCAACGAGGCAUAGAAAAAAAGGAGAUACAAUUUUGGCACCGCAAUCAGAACAAAUGGAUGCAGAAAGUGCAGACAUGUUAGCGGCCCUACGACGACAAAUCCAGCCCCAUUUAAUGAUGGCUGCGUUAACGCCACCGCGUUUAUCUGGUGCCCAUCCACCACCCCCCGCCGCUCAACUUAAUUAUUCCCUUCCUUUACCUAGUUACAUGAUGCACCAUGUAAAAGCAGAAGGACGAGAACAGUGUCAUUUAUCUGCGGAGGCAGAAGAAACAGAAGAGGGAGAUGAAGAGAAUGUUUCGGAUGUGCCGCUGAAUCUAGUUGCGACGUCAUUAUCCGAAGAGACACACUGAAACACUUUGGCCAGCUUCAGAACGACUUCGCUAGGUAUAUAUAACAAAGAAUCUCUAGACAGGGUAGUCUGUCCAGUGAUACACAGGGCGUAGAAGACGAGAUUGUUCUCCUUCUCCUUUUUGCCACCAGUUCUCGUCCAUGAAUACCCCUUAUCAGCUCUCUGUUCUCUCUUUUCUCUCUUUCACGGUCUCGAGAAUUUGAGGUGGUAGAAUAUUGGGAUAUAUUUCCCGUGAGCUACCAAGCCCGUGGUGCAGAGCGCACGAAGGAACGAUGAUAUUAAAUACGCAGUAUUAAUUACGUGGUUAUUCAAAUUAUGUACAUAUAUAUACAUGAAUACGAAGAAUAUUUUUAUACAAAAUUUUCUACGCUUGCAGCUAGAGAGCGACGGGCGAUCGUUGUACAUACACGCGCAAAUUGUUCUUUCGGUGUCGCACGUAUUUUCGCGUCGAAAAAAUGGUGGUCGUUGUCUGUUUUCUUAGUGACGUAAGGAAAUCCGUCACCAGUGAAAGUGUCUAGAACGGUGCUAGAUUUACUGUUCGGGAAAGUUUAGAAGUAAAAUAAGAAAAAAAAAGGAUUAGUCACUAAAAGAUAUUGACGAACAAAAUUUCACCGUUUUGUUCCACGGGCUUUUAGCUGUCAGUGACGUAACAAUCAUAAUACUCUCGUUGUCUUGCGUAAUAUUAAGCUAAAAACGACUCGGCUGAACUCAACUAGUGAGCAAAAAACAUGUAUUUUUUAAUCGGCUUUAAUAAGGAACGUAAAUGUUUCUCGGGUUAAGAAGGAAAAGAAUAAUCAGAAAAACUAACAGAACAGAAAACGGUUGCAUGAUGUGACAAAUGUUUACUAAAAUACCCGAUACGUACUCAGUAAUUUGAGCUUCGUCAAAUUACGUUUAUGCCAGUAUCAUCAUAUUCUAGUGGCCUUUCAACGAUUUAUCAUUUUCCUCUUCCUUGUUAGCUCUUAUCUUGCAUAGUAAGUGCAGAUAAUUUACUUACAGAUAAAAUCUUAAUUUAGACGAUGUAGGUACUUUUUUUACAUGAGCACGAGACUGCCGGUGUAAACACAUUUAAUACUGUUUCUACCUUUUACGUAUUAUCUCCCCCUUUCCCAUUAUGUAUCGGAAGGCUUCUCGACUGUUGACGCAGUCAUCAAUAAUUUGUACUUAAUAGGCAAAGCAGCGCACCACCAUGUAAGCUAAGACUCCGAAAGCAAUAAGAAACGCGAUGGUACGUAGGAUAGAUUGUCGUCAUACAAUACUCGUUGACAUGCUCUCUCGACGACAAUUAACAAACAUACAAGAAUUUCAGGAAGUAAUACUUAGAUAACAUUCACUUGUAUGCCGGAUGUUAAAAGUAACAAAUUUUAUUGCUCCACAGCUACUGUAGGCAUCCAUAAACCUCGCAAUCUUUUCAAAAAUUUCUUCCUUAACUCUUGUGUUAUUGUAUGUCGUGUUAGUCUUAUUUUGUUCGUAUUAUAAAACAGGAAUCGAUAUCUCGAUGAUGAUAAAUAGAAUUGCUUGUUAUCGAGCAUAAUAGGAUCAAACUUUCGAUUUCCGUCAUUGAUUAACCCAUUAUUUCCCUAAGGGCUAUCACUGAUCUAUUUUUUUCCAGAAUGUACAGAUCUUGUGUUAAUAAACAGGUAGUAAGCAAACCUAAAUAGCACAUAAUACGAUGGCCAGUGCAUCUACUCAUGUAUCGUUAUAUCUAACAUUGUAUACCUAAACAACUUUGCCAAAAAUAGAUUUAGUCUAUGUAACAUAGAGUAUAGUUAAGGGCAUACGAUAAAAAUUAAUGUUUUAUCUUUCUCUUUCACGUCAUGCACAAUAUUUACACAUUUCUCCUUCAUUUUUCCCCUUCUUGUGUGUCUUCUUAUCAGUGAUAUCUCUUGGUCAGCUGCUUUGUAGAGCUUUUAAAUUUGCUUACAGUAAUUUGUGGAGCAACUUAGUGUUAGUCAUUAUCAAAGGAGCCUUAUAAACGCACUCGUAUAUGUAUAUAUGUUAUAUAUUAUUAUACGAGUUCAAUCGAUACCACAAAUCAGUGCAGUUUCUUUUUUUGUUCGUUCAUCUUUUUUAAACUUAAAGGUCAGUUUUUAUAUACAUUGUAUAUAUGAAAAUCAAUGAUUGGUUUAAAUGAUUUACAUUGUGUAAUGUUCUAGUUUCAAUUAAUGGGGAAUAGUAUGUAUAUAAUGUAUUUAAGGAAUAAUAAUAUACGCAAUGUAUUUCAAAUCUACUGGAACUUAAUUUCUAAACGAGAAACACACUGUGAAUGUGGUAUCCCAAUAUUAAUAACACGAGUAUUGGAGGAAGAGACAUAAGCGAUGAUGAGAUUUCUUACUAGUGCGAUCCGAAUUAGAGGUCGCUAAACUUCUCUCAUGCGUCGAAAUGAUUCUUCCAUUUAGUACGUAUUCAAUAUAUUUCUUGUUUCACAAGUAGAUCGAAGAGUGUCAUCUUUUAAAUAAGUCUUGAAAAACACAAUCUUUGUGUCUUACUUGCUUUCGCUACAGGAAGAGUUUAACAAAAAAAAGGAUAUUUAUUUCAGUCUUUUUACAUCUGCUUUUCAAACAUCCUGCAUCUUGUUUAUUAUUAUAAAUUAAACGAUUUAGCCAGUUACAAAAAAUAAUUUAUAAAGUUUUUUAGUUUAUAAUAAUUGGUGAGAAACGAAAUUUAAUUUGCAAACGUUUUCCUGCGUUAAGUGUGACACUUAUUUAAAAGAUACUUACCGUUUUUAAGCUUAACAUCUCCUUAACAGGGAAUGAAACUGAAAGUAAACAGGUAUUAAAGUACGUAGGAUUUGAUACUUUGUCAGUCCUAGAUCGCCAGUUUUAAAUUAUGUUGACAAAACAUUGUGUAGCAUACCAUUUUAAGUGUACCAUACGCGAAGAGAAUGAAUUAAUUUAUGAAUAACAUCGAUAGAAGAAGAAAAAGAAAUGGGCAGUUAAUUCGUUAGGCAUUUUUUUUUCUUUCAAUUAUACAUUGGCUCGUAGUAGUAUAUUAAACAACAUAGAAACAUAACUAUUAUUAUUCUUAUAUAUAUAUAUAUUUUUUUUUAUUAUUAUUACCAACGUAGGCGCGUAAGUAGAAUAUAGGUUUGAGCUCUCUACUAAUUCUGAAAACUAGACGAUAUUUUUUAUAAUUAUUAGAAACGAGGAGUCGAAUAUUGCUAUUAUAUUAUGGAAUAUCAGUUGAUUAAACUAUAAUGAUAAUAUGUCCUUUUUUCAAAGUAAGAUUUAGUUGCAAGGUCGCCACUCGAAUGGCUCGUUUUUAACAAUGGUAAAAAAAAAAGCUGAGGCUUCUUAUAGAUUUUUUUUAUGUAUCAGUAUUCUACGCGUUUGACUUUAGCUGUUAAGAAGUUUUAACCAACACUACUUAAAAUGAUCCCCGACGGCGAGAUUUGUCUUACUUAAUUAUUAAAUUAUUUAGUUAUCUUCUCCGUUCCCUUACCUUAUACCCCACCCCAAAUCCCUUCCUUGUUUUUGUACGUCUAUUUUUACAUAAGCGAUCAUCCCUGAAUAUUAUUUAAACUAUAAUUUAUUGUAUUCACUGUUUUUUGCACCGACGUUUGCGUAAGACAUUUGGCAACGACUGGCUUAAUUUAUUGUUUCUACAUUGUACUUUAUAUACGAGUUUCACUCUUUUUUUCUCUCUUUCUUUCUUUCUUUCUUUCUUUUUUUUUUACAAGUAAUAAGUUCGUAUGAUCAGGCACUGCGCGCAUAUGGUCAUUUCCUCCAGAGACACUCGACAUAUGCUGUACGAGAUGCGGACGGUCAAUGCUUUAGGUGCCUUCACCUGGCGAUUUAGUUGAAUACAAAUGUUCAAGUAAUACUACUAAUAAUAACAACAACAAUAAUAAUGUUAAUAAUAAUAGUGUGUACAACGUGCGUGUACACGACUAACCGCUAUUAACGCGUGAACAAUUCCACCGAGUCGUUCGCUGUUACGAUUCGAUCCAACAAGAUUGUAAAGUUCUGCUUGCAACCCAUUGGCUUGAUAAGCGUGUCUCUAAGAUUUGCAUACCUCUACGGUUUCGCUGACAUGAAAAAUCUGAUUUUCUACACGAUGAUCGACAGUUGAAUCGCAGACGCGAACUUAAUUGUUAGAAACUCGGCGAUGCUGUAACGCGGAGCCGGUGGGUUGGAAAUAGAUCGUAACGACUCGAGGUGCUUCGCCACUGCGCGGUAAUAGCACGAGAGCUUGUCUUUUUGUAAAGCGACCGUGACUACGAAGUAUCUCGUACAAUAAUGAACAAAUGUAUACGAAAGCCUCGAGGACGAGAAGAAGAAAACAAAAUGAAAACGACGCAUAAUUGUACACGACAAAGAGAAGGGGUUUUUGCGAAACGAUAAAGGAGGGCCAUCGUCGACGCCCUGCUCGUCGAGAGAGUAACUCGCGGGGUUGCAUUAAAAUCACCGACGCCGUAUUUGUCGUAAUGUAUUUUCAAUGAUACAUUCAUGCAUUCGUUUCGUAAAAAAAUCUUCAUUCUACCGAUUUAUUACGAUCGUCUCGAAUUCCUGUAAACUAGGAUUACGAACUUACGUUCAUGUGAACUUUUUCUUCUUAUUUUUAAUGAUCGCGUGCUAUCGAAGUUUAUUCAUUCAAAUGAUUGGUAAACCUUACGUUUAGGGGAGGCAGCUCCGAUGACCUUGACCUUGGCAUACGUUGUCAAGGUCACCUUCCUGAGUAACAUCCAAGAGGUUUUAGCCGUCGCUCGUUUUUUAUUAAAAAAUUAUUAGCAUAUAAAGAUGAACACAAUUUACAAGAUAACAUAUUUAUUUAAAUAAAACGAUUAUAUUAAAGUAUAUUUUAUUAAAAAUGCGUGUUGGUAUUAGUUAGUAUAGUUUUAAGAAGAGGUCUGGAAAACCCCCCCGGUCAGCGAAACGAAUUUAAUAUGAUACUGUUUAACUCGUGGGGGAUGUUUUAUUUUAUGCUCUGCAGGGCUCAUAGAACUAAUAACUUUUUAAUAAAAAACGAGAGGUAGCUAUAACUUUCUGUGGGAUGCUCAAAAGUGUAACCUUCAUAAACUGUGUGAACGUCAAGGUCACAUUGAGUAUACGUAUACGCAGCAUAAAAAACGAGCGACAACUAAAACCUCUUGGAUGUUACUCAAGAAUGUGACCUUGACAACAUAUGUCAAGGUCAAGGUCAUCACAGCUGCUUCCCCUAAACGUAAGGUUUACCAAAUGAUUUAUUACGGUAAAAUCUGUUUUUGUCUCAAACAAAAAGACUCAUUGUUGACACAAUACGAUGAAUAGAGUUCUAAUGUAACAUCUUUCACAUAACAGAUGCGUUGUUAGUCGUUAUUUAUGUUCGUGAUAGUCGGUAUCGAUGAAAUUAAUUGGCAUUAACCAUCUACAUUGUUGGUGAAACGUUCGUUGGUGAUUUUAAUGUAACCCAACUCGCAGCACUGUUCCGUCCGUCUGCUUGACCCAUGGGCGUUCUGAUUUCACACCCGGGUUCCUCCAGCGGGACUCCUAAGUCACAAUGUAUGUAACGUAACUCAUAAGUAACAGAAAAUGGAACAAUAACGCAGAAGAGGUAUACGCGUGAACGCGCAUUGUGCAGAACACGCAAACCGAAAACGCCAAGACCCCUUCCCCGGUUCUACACUGAGUAUUAAAUUUGUACUAAUCGACUGAGUAUUAUUUUUAUAUCGAGCGUAAUAUUAAUGGAUAAAUUAAAUGCGAGGCGGAAUGGUUAUACCGUACGGUGAAAUCUGAGAGAAUUAAGUAAAGCAGUGGUAACGAUGCGUUUUUUUCUCUUGUUUUUUUUUUUUUUUUAAAGAGGAACGAGAAACGGGAAUACGAUAAUAGCGUACCAGUGGACCAUUCCGUUCCGAAUGAACGAAAAAAAAGAAAAAAGAACGCAUGUGUCUGAUGAUUGUGAGUGCCCUGAUUACAAUAUUUUGUAUACAACCGUGAAAAAAACCAAGCAAGCAAACGAAAAAAAAUACAAAAAAAAAAAAAGUGAAAAACUAGAAGCAACAAAGAGGAAUAUUAUAGCGCGGAAGAUUGUAAUAAUGCGAAAGUUCGUAGAGCGUUGCGGAGCUAUGGUUGGCCAGAAGCUAAACUUAAUGCUGAUGGCACGGAAAACGCGUCAUUAGCAAUAGCGGGAAAUAAAAAAUUACUUUUGUAUCCACGAUCUAUGACAUAAGUUAGUUCGAGCUAAGGCCAGCAGCUGUUGAGAUUAUUCAAGGUUGUGUAUAUCAUUAUAAGUAUUUUGAAUUGUUGAAUAGUAAAUAGUGUAAGCGGUGGCUUGAACGGGGCGACGUCCCGCGCCCACGGAUAAACCAAGAGACGUCGCGUCGUCCAAGUUCGGUCUCAAGUAUUCAAAUGUCAGACUUGUUUUUCCCUCAUAAAUAAUGAUAAUGUUUACCCCGUGCGAUCGACCUGCUGAGUUUACUUCGUCCGUGUGUUUUAUACAGUCUGUCCGUAAUCUCUAAUACAAUCGGAGAGAAAACGAUCUCCCGUACAAAAAUAAAUCAAGAACGUAGAAUAAAAUUUUUCCGCGCAAGGUUUCGUUUUCAAAUAAAUCGGCUUUGAAGAUUCUCGACUCUUGCUUCAGUACAAAUCACCAUUCUCUAAAGAUUCGACGGUUCAAGUUUGAAAAUAAAGCCUCGUACGAAUCAGUUUUGUUCUAUAUUUACGACUUGUUUUUGAGCCAGAGGUCGCCUCUCUUCUUUUUUAUUCCAUUCUGAAUUACAAGACUCUCUGUACAUACAUAUAUACACACACGAAUAUGUAGUGUGCUUCAUAACAUUUACUUAAUUCAGUGAUGGACGAAGACAUCAAAAUAAUGAAAAAAGUUCAUAUAAGCAUACUGUUUGUUUCUAAAUUAUAGUUACUUUGUGCCUCGGUAAUAUAUAGCUGCUUAUCUUCAUAAGAAAUGCUUGAAAUAUCCACCUCCAGCUUCGAUACAAGCUUGUAGUCGUCAUUUUAUAAAGUUUCUUAAUCUUUAAAAAAACUUCAAGUAUUUCAAUGCUGGUAAUAGACAUUGAGUAAAUAAAUGUUUCAAGUGACCCGGAAAAUAGAAAUACAUUGUGAUUAAAUCUUAGGAACGAACAAGUCAGGCCAUAAAUCCUGCACAAUCCAUCUAUUUAUUAGAAAUCGUUCAUUUAAGAACUGGUUACUCGACUGAAACGUAUCAGUGUACUGUCAUGUAUAAACUACAUAUAAUAUACAUCUAAUGGAACUUCUUUCAAUAUCUCAUGUAACUGAUUACUCAAAAAAUUGACGUAAGAUUGAUUUAUUAAUUCUUCGUUAAGAACAACAAGCAAUUAUUGAACAUUGUAUAUAAAUAAUUUAGUAGGAUCAGUUAUACUAGUUUCAUUUGUAACUAAGAAUCAGUGGAGUACAAAAAUGGUUCUAAUUCGGGAACAAUGUCAAAUAGAGCACAUGUUUAUAUGGUGUUUUUUUUUCAUUAUUUUUAUAUCAUCUGUUCGUUACUGAAGUAAAUAGAACAUGUUAUGAAACACCCUGUAUAAAUACAUAUUUUAAUAUCGUGCUGUAACGAACCGUGGGUCCUGCACACGGAAUCGUUGAGACGUUUUAAUUUAUAAAUAUCGAAGCACAUUAUACAGAACCUCCCAUGACAGGUGUACCUAACUUCGAUUAACUUACGAGUCUAACUUGAAACCAUCGGAUGUUAUUUUAAUUUCUAACGUGUCUCUCUCAUUCUAUCCUAUUUGUCCGACUCUAUCUUUCCUAAUUCAGACUAACUUUAAAUCUCUUUUUGUAUUGUAACGAUAAGCGGAAAGCCUGUUAGACAUUUUAAGCUAUUUAUUGGGCUCCUAUGUGAUUUGUUGGAAAUUAUUUUGAGAUAACUUUUUCUCUACUAUUUCCGAGACGACACGUUACGCGUAGAGGCCAGCAGCGGCGGUUCGUUGACGAAUAUUUCGAAUGAAAAGUAAAAAAAAAAAAUUGUAAAAAAAAAGAAAAGAGAGAGAGAAUUGUGAUCACUCGACGUCUCUUAUUUUGCGCCUACCGCCUAGCUAAGUCAAAGAGUAUUGCGCGGAACUGUGUUUGUUGACGCGUUUGCCUUUGAUUUUCGACGAUCAAUUUUCAGUUUGCGAGACGAAAACCGCGAGAUGUUGUUUCAAUUUUUCGCGCGAACAUGUCGACGCAACAGACACAGGCGAUCAGCGGGCAAAGGACCAAAAUGUACAACAAUUACGUUUGCCCUUUCUUACGGUUGGUACCGAUUCGUUUUUAUAACGUGUAAUAAAACGAUCGAAGCUGUAGUAUGUAUCGGAAGUCCGAGGAUUUUUAAGCGAUGUUGACAGAUUAUUUUUUGGGGAGCAUCUAAUUGCAAGGGCAUUGUUGUGAUACUACAGAUGCAGCUUCAUUGAAACUUAAAUAAAAAAUAAUGCGUUAACGAUUCGUUACGAUUAAUGUUUAUUACCAUUAACAGCGAAUAUUGUAUAAAUUUAAUUUUUUUAUAUAAAAAUUUACUCAG